AUGUACUCGAGGUAUGAUUUCAUUAAGGAUCUUAAUCCGUCGAAGGAGGAGUGGAGGAUUAAGGGUGGAAGGAUACAUGCUACUGUCAAAGGAACUCUGAAUGUCCGUAAAAAAAUUUGCGAAGGGGAUGUCUAUUUUAUAAGAAAUUUUGGAGGUGUGUUGAACAGUGAUAAUUUCAGGCCAACUAGACAUGAUUAUCGUCUAUCGUUCAACUUGAGGACCGAUGUUAAAUCGACUGAAGAUGCUACUAUUCCUGCUAAUGGAUUUAGUUUUGUUGAUUUUGACGUGAUAGAGAGGGAAUCAGCUGACUCUCCUUAUUUAGUAGACGUCAUCGGUUUGCUGUCAGGUAUUGGAGACGUUCGUGAGCAUGUUGUGUCUGCCAGAAAAACAAAAAUGGUUGUUUUAGAACUUGAUGACCUCAGGAUGUCGUCUGAUCCAAUAGAGAGCAGUAUGAGGUUGACUCAGUUGUCCAGCCAAUCGUCGUAUUCUUUUGAAAAUGAUUUUCUGAAAGACACAGAGAGAAAGUCUAUUAGUGACAUCAAGAAUUGCAGUGAGAUUACUACUUGCAUUACUUAUGGAACAAUAAAAUCAAUUGAGUCGAAGUACAACUGGUGGUUUAGUGUUCAAGUCAGAGUGGUAGAUAACACGGAUUAUGCCUCUUUCAUACUGUUUGAUAAAGACUGUGUAGCUUUAUUAGGAAUGGGUGCUGCUGAAAUACGGGAACAACAUUUCAAGGUGCUGAUUUGGGGGCUUUAUCCAGAAGAACUUAACAUUCUCAAUGAGAAAUCCAUGUUGUUUAAGGAUGUUGAGAGUCAAACCUGUGAGAGUACAGGAGAUGCAAAUGUGUCUCUCUCUCUGUUGUCACCCUCUUCGAAUUUUAAUAAUAGUGUUGAAGACAAGUAUAUUUGUACGAUUGAGUUUCAAAAGCGUGGCCUCCCUCAUGCUCACAUCAUACUGUUCUUGCACUCUUCUGGCAAGCCUAAUAGUGGAUCUGAUAUUGAUAAAUUAAUUUCAGCGGAGAUUCCUAAUAAAGAUACCAAUCCCUCACUAUUUAUGGUUGUCAACAGUUACAUGAUGCAUGGGCCCUGUGGUCCUGAGAAUCACAAGUCUCCUUGCAUGAAGGAGAGAAAAUGUUCAAAGAAAUUUCCCAAGAUCUUUUCUUCCCGUACAUUAAUUGAUGAUGAUGGCUUCGCUCAUUAUAGGAGACUAAACAAUGGGAGGGUUGUGAACAAAAAUGGUGCUGAGCUUGAUAAUCAUUACGUUGUGCCAUAUAAUGCAAAGCUUCUUUUAAAGUAUCAAGCUUAUAUUAACGUUGAAUAUACUUGUCAGAGGAGUGCCAUCAAAUAUCUUUUUAAAUAUAUUCAUAAGGGAAAUGAUCGAGUUAUAGCUGCCAUACAUCAUUCAAAUUCAACUCAUCAUGGAACUCGCACAAACGAUGAAAUUAAAAUGAUUUAUGAUUGCAGUUAUGUCUCUGCAUGUGAAGCGGCAUGGCGUAUUUUUGGAUUCGACAUUCAUUACAGAUACCCUCCUGUUAAAAGAUUGCCUUUCCACCUGCCCAAUCAAAAGAGCGUUGUUUUCAAUGAUAGUGCUUCAAUCUCUGAUGUAAAGACAAUGGCUGAGUCUAGAAGAACAAUUUUCGAAUCUUGGAUGGAAGCAAAUAAAAAUUUUCCAGAAGGGAGGGAUCUUACUUAUGCAGAGUAUCUAACUCAUUUUGUUUACGUAGAAGACGCCCAAGAAUGGCGUCCGAGAAAAAGAGUAAUUCGAAGAAUAAAUCAUUUCUCCUCAAAUAAUGGAGAAGAUUCCUAUCUUCGGGUCUUGCUUACUUAUCAAAAGGGUUGUACAAGUUAUGAUGAUUUGAGGAUAAUCAAUGGCGUGCUUUUUCCGUCAUUCAAGGAUGCAUGUUAUUCUUUGGGACUGUUGGAUGAUGACAAUGAGUACAUUGAUGCAAUUAAGGAGGCAAAUUUCUGCGCGUCUGCUUAUUAUCUUCGAAAUCUUUUGCUCUAUUAUGCGGUACUUGAUGAAGAGUCUAUAAAAAACACAACACUUGCUGAAAUUGAUAAGGUACUGCAAAGCAAUGGAAUGUGUCUCUCUGAUUAUCCAACAAUGCCCCGCGUAAUCAGUGAAUCUUUGUUUGAUAUGCCAAAUAGAUUGGUGUUGGAUGAAUUAUCAUAUGAUAGAUGUUCUUUGAUGGAAGAGCAUAAAAGACUUAAUAGUUCUCUUAAUGAUGAGCAGAGAGUUGUUUAUGAGAAGAUCAUUUCAGCUGUUUUAGCAGCUUUCGUUAGAUCAAAAGGGAAAAUCGUGCUAAAUGUUGCUUCCAGUAGAAUUGCUUCCCUUUUGCUUCCUGGAGGACGAACAACUCAUUCUUGA